UCAUCCCUCAUCCGACACUCACUUCAUCCAUCCGAAGCAACUUCCAGCAGGAAAUGAUUCACGUGAUGGUCGCGUAAUGUCCAUAGCCGCGGACCAUGACGCGCCCGAAGGUACCUCCUGAACAGCGGCAGCGCACUGCUCAGGCAUGCGAGAGCUGCAAGAGGAGGAAGCAGAAGUGCAACGGCCUUUGCCCGUGUAACACAUGUGAAAAGCGAAACUUCAGCUGCAUAUACGCUGAUCGCGAGCCUGGUUCUCCUGGCGACGGCGGUCCACCCGCCAAGAGGCAAGCUGUUCAGGAUGGUGAAACUGAAAGUCCAUAUGCGGACGACAACUCGACUUCAAAUACACCCAGCAACAGCAACCAUUAUGCUUCACCCCUGGCACCAGCCAGAAGAAGAUCUUCAGCUGCCAACCGUCCGGCUCCAAAGGUUCAGGAGCCACGUCCACAUCCGCUGAAGCAAGAAACACUAUUCAAAUCGUCCGGUGCUAGACCAAGCGUAGAGGCAAUCACUGGAUUUCAACAACUGCCGACCAGCAAUGCGAACGGAGAGCAGCUUCCUGCCCGAUCGCGUGGAACUACUGUCGGUAGCGGUCCUGAUGAAGAAGCCAUCAUCUACAGUCAAAGCCGGAUGCUACAGGAUCCAACCGGUCGUGUUCUCUAUAUCGGAGACUCGGCAACCUUGUCAUUCCUUCAACUGCUACGAACGAUGGUCGAGACCGUUGCAGGAGGCUCACCGUUCACCAAUGAUCCGCGACGACAUAAGAUAGUCGAAGGCCAAUACUCGCUUCCCUCGGGGUACAGACACACUCAUCUGCUUCCUGAUGUGCAGACUGCUCGUGUGCUUGCAGAUGCUUUCUUCAUCAACACCCACGGGCUGCUUCAAGUGUUCGAAAGGGACCGCUUCCUGGAAGAGAUGGAAGCAUGUUACUCUGACCCAUUCCAAGUACAGCCACCGUGGCUUUGUCUCUUGAACAUGGUGUUCGCCAUUGGACUGACUAUGGCCACACCUCUUUCAGGCAGUCCGGAAGCGCUUAUCAUCGACAAACUUCGCAGUGAGCACCUUAACAGAGCAGAGGUGUUCUAUCUGAAUGCUAAAUCGAUGAACGAUCCUAUGAACGGUCUAGAAGACCAGGACUUUUGGUCUGUGCAAGCUCUGUUGCUCAUGUCUGUGUACAUGCUUGCCAAGUCAAAGCGAAACACUGCGUUCGCUCUACUUGGCAUGGCAGCUCGAUCUGCGCACGCACUUGGUCUGCACAGAGAGGAAACUAUGGUAAUCUUCAGCCACGAAGAGCAGACACAGCGCAAGAACCUCUGGAGAUCGAUCUUUGUUAUCGAUAGGUUACUGUCCUGUUCACUCGGUCGACCUACCGCCAUUUCAGAAGACGAUUGUUCUGGAGAUACACUUCACCCAUCUGAACCGUCACUUGAGCAGCCGUUCAUGCUUAACCCAGCGCCCGACUUCAACGAGACCGGACCAUGUGCGUUGGAGGCUGCCGUACGCAGCUGCUCCGUCAUAGGCGUCAUUUUGCGGAAAGUUUAUCAGCAGCGCAAGAUCAGCACACGCUUGGCGCAAGAAAUCGCCAACAUCUGCAAGUCAUGGCCACGCGCACUUCCUUCGAUUCUACACUGGCGACAAGCAGCGAAUGCGUCACCGAGUCAAGGUGUAGCAAUUCUACAUGUCAACUUGUUCUACUGCCAUUCGAUCAUUUUGCUGACCAGGCCAUUCUUUCUGUACAUACUGAACCUGGAGACACAACGGCAUGUCAACCAAAAUCAGCCUGGAAUCAGAGGGCCAAGACCAUACCUACGCAUGGAAAAGUUCAGCGAAGCGUGCGUCAUCGCAUCAACACACACGAUUCUACUGGUACAAAAUGCAUUUGACGCUGGCUACUUGUCAAGACGGAAUCCUGCAGUCAUUUACUUCCUCUUCGCCGCCACACUAGUCAUACUCGCCAACGAGUUCGCUGGUCUCUACCGGGUAGAUGCUUCAGACACUUGCAUCCUCAACGCAGUCAACAUCAUGAACUACUGCGCCGAGAGCGAUCAGCAAGCCAGCCGUCUCGUCUACAUCCUCAGUACCUUCCGCGACGUCGUGGCCCAGCAACGCAUGCGGCGCAAGCAAAGCCAACCCGACAACACCAACCUUCCCAGCAUAUCUUCGCAACUCUACGGCGUCGCAGCGCCAGCACAGCAACACGCCCAACACCCCGAUGCAGGUCUAGCGAACUCGACAGACCCCAUGAACGCAACAUCCCGGCUUCAUCAAGUCCCCAUACACAUCUACCCCGGCAUGCAAACCGCGCCCCUCGACGCCACACCACCAGCCUUCCAACCAUCACACCUUAUACAUGCAAAUUCGCUUCCGAACCAGAACAUCAACCAGCUCUCACCCCCGCAAACAGACUUCUCUGUGCACCUCUCGCCAAUCCAGGACCUAUCCAACAGCGCGCCCGGCUCGGAGUCGUACAACCUCAGUGCCUCCGCGCUGAACACGCCAUCUAAGCCACUGAGUUUGAACACGAUGCUGGACUUGAGUGCCCUGGACAAUACGAGGGUGCCGAGUCUGCAUAGUGACGAGAGUGGGCUGGAUGAACAUAUCGAUUUUGAUGCGCUGUGGGCGUGGUCGAGCAAUACGCCGGCGAUGGGGAGUCCAAGGCCGGGUGGAGAGGGUGCGAAUGCAGGUGGAGGACAGGGUAUCGGAGGUGCAGGGGAAGGGGCGCCGGUGCCACUUUUUGGUAUUAGCCAUGAGGGGCUUGAGAGGGGGGAGUAGGUCGUUCCGUCCGAUUUAUGGUUGAGCGUUGUUAUGGAAGAUAUGGCCACGGCAACUGGAUAGGAAUUGCUAUGGCGUCGGUUUAGCUGGUCUGGACAGGGAGGUAACACACA